AUGAAUCCAAGAGUAGGAGUUGGAGUUGUCAUCCUGAACAGGGAAGGGAAGAUUAUUCUGGGCAAGAGGAAGGGAAGCCAUGGUGCAGGCACCUGGGCAUUUCCUGGCGGCCAUCUUGAAUUUGGCGAAUCCUUCGAAUCCUGCGCAGUACGGGAAGUACUCGAAGAGACAGGCCUCCCGAUUCACGACGUUCGUUUCCUGACUGUUACGAACGAUGUCAUGGAGGCCGAAGGAAAGCACUAUAUUACUGUGUAUGUCGGUGCCAUUGUCAAGGACGAUACCGCACAGCCCCAGAUACUGGAGCCCGAGAAGUGUGACGAAUGGCGGUGGAUAAGCUGGGAGGAUGUUCGGUUGUGGUUCGACAAGCAGGUGCAGACUGAGGGAAUGGAGACCAGCGAUGACCAGCCAAGGCUAUUCAUUCCUCUCCUCAAUCUCUUCCGACAACGGCCGGCCUUUGACCCGAGGAAGAGUUAUGCGUCUGCGCAAGAAUAG